GCCCGUAGUCGUGUUUGUGUGUGUGUGUAAUUUUCAGCUUUUCUGACCGCUAAACAGCUCACCUUCUAAAGUUUUUCUUUAUCAACUGUCUGACAUUUCAAUAACGACGUGUUACUCAACGUUUUCGGCGGGCUAAGUUUUAUUUAUCCAGAAAUUUUCUUCCUCGGAUGAAAUCAUCGGAAACCGGUUCUGAAACGUGUAAUCAUCUCUUGUCACACACUACCUUCAAGAGGAUUAUGGAGUAAUCAUUGCCCAAAUCUGCAUUGUGUGCGGUGAUGAUCAUAUUGUCAGUUAGACGAAUACGCAUCCAGUUCCCCCGCAAUUCCUUCACUAUUGCAGCUUAGAAGAAAUUGUCAAGGCUAUUUGCUGCCCUCAAACGUGGAUUUGCAUCCUCACAUCAACAACCUGCUGCAUAUAAGUGAUCGAUUUUCAUUCUUCUUCACACCAUGACGAUCGGUACUCCAAGCACAUACGCUGGCAACAGGAGUGGUGACUCGUCAGCCAAUGCGCAAUGUCAAAAAUGUCUGCAGCAAGGCCACUGGACGUAUGAAUGCACUGGGAAAAGAAAGUACUUGCAUAGGACGUCAAGAACAGCACAGUUGAAAAAGAGGAUUAAGGAAAUCGAAGCGAAAGCCAAUGGUGAAACAAUUGCGAAGGAUGUAAAACGCAAAGGUGGGAAGGAUAAGAAACGGCGAAAAAAGUCCUCAAGCAAACAUGCAUCCAGCAGUGGCUCAUCCUCAGAUGAUAGCAGCGAUUCGUCAUCAUCUGAUUCCGAUUCUUCAUCCUCAUCGAGUGAUUCUUCAACGUCGCUUUCCUCCUCAUCAUCUUCAUCAACGUCCUCAUUGAGUGACGAUGAUUGAUGCUGUGAUAAAUUAACUGGGAAUAAGGAAAGCAGAAAUUUAAAGAUUUGUAUAUAAUUCAAGGCAUUUUGGCUGGAGUAUUAUCCAGUGUUCGGUUUAAACCAUUCGGUUGAUAAGCUGAUCUCCCUCUCUUAUCCUUUUUGAACCUGCCUGAAACCUCUGUAAUUAAGUAUGCUCAUGGUAUCACUGCAGCUCAAACAGUACCACCCACCAUUAUGCCCUCGUAAAGGAAAAAGCGAAGUCUAGGUAUAUCUACCUAGCUCUCGUAGGACAACAGCCUGUACGGUCCAUCCAAUGAGAUUAUUUAGGUGUUUCGCUACACCAUAGAAUUAUUGUAAUAGCUAUCGAGUGAUUAUAUCAGGGUGGUCGUUUAUUUGAAUUUAAAAUCUCAAUAUUUAUGCAAGUAUAAGGCACAAAUCACACAUCCCGUAAAUAUGAAUACGCGAGAAAAAGAAUGAAAAAAUGAGUAAAACUAGGCUGAAAUAUUGAUACUUUCAAAAGGCAGGAUGUUUUGGGCCAACACAGACUCAUUUUCAGCUGCGGAAGCAUUAACAAAUUGAGUGGCAACCUGAUUCCAGUUGUUAUCACUCAACCAUGGACUCAAAACGUCCUGUCUUCUCAGUAUUUCAUUAUUUUAGUCUUAUUUUACCAAUUUUUUCAUUCUCACUCUCAUGAUAAGUAGGAAAGAAUUUUCUUAAAAUCACCCUUAAAUAUAUUAUCAUUAUGCAUCACCUAUUCUGACAGUAAAUUGGAAAUAGUGAUUUUAACUUCAGGGAAGAUUUUGAAAAUGUAUAUCCGAUGAAAGUAUUCUACACUUACUUAUCUGUAGACAGACAUUCAUACUCUUCAAAAAUAAGUAACCUGUCAGCUUAAAUUUACAAUUUAUUUAUUGUACUAAGUUUGUUUUGGGCCUAUUCUGAGGAUCAACUGGACUGCAUUUUGCAAUUUGGACCUAUAAAUUCUGGCUCUUCUGGAAAAACUCUUAUGUGCAUAGGUAAACUAAUGGCACAUACGUUGUUUUUAAACCGGGCUAGAAUCUAUAGGUCCGAAUUGCAGAAUACAGUCCAACUAUAGAAACAAAACAAAAAAUUGUUGGUUUUACUUUAGUUUCUUAGCUUAUUUUUACAUGUCACGAAAAAUGUGAGGAUUUUUCACGCUCCUUAAUGAAGAAAUGUGGUCUUAGUGCAUAUAUCAUUAACAGCCGCAAGUGAACUUCAAACUGUACAGCAUUUCAAAAAAGUUGUACUGAUUUUUAAGAAACCGAUUUGGGUAUCAAGACACUUAAAACCAAUAUACAUCAUGAAAAAAAGUGCUUUAACUGCAGUUUUUCUAAAAAUCUAAGAAGUACUCUCAGCUGAAAUGGCCUUGAAUUUUUUAACUUUUGUUCCAGAGAACUAUCGCCUGGCAACUUUUCUCAAUUUUCCUAUCAGGAGGAAAGUAUAAGUGAGGCGGCUUGUAUCAAAACCUGCAAUCUCCAUUGCGGUGUCUAAAAAUUUGGCUGCCAUUCUCUUUUAUUUUCAACAGAGCAAAUGAGUUUCUAUUUGCAUAUUUUUUUGAGAAUUGUCUACAUUUUAGCAAAAAAAUUACUACAGUAUUUCGAGCAAGAAGUCUCAUUGAUUGCUCCUUUUAAAAAAUUAAAAAAUCUGCCAAAUUUUUUGAUGUCUAAAUGAAGAUUGCAGGUUUCAAUACUAGGCACCUCUGGUUAAGAUUUUUAGACAUCUUAGUACCGAUAUAUUUAGCUGAGUUAUGUUUAAACUCAAGAAAGAGGCUCAUGAAUGUCAUUGAAGGUAAUCAAACAAUGUCCUUUAUGUUUGUACAAGAUUUUUACAUAAUGGGCCUGUUGCAAAUCUGCUAGAUCUGAACUAUUAGUUGUUUCUUAUGAAAAAAAUGGCUCAUAUAUCACGAUGUGCGCAUCAGCAAAGUCCAAAAUGCACUCUAACUUCACAAUCUGCUGAAGAAAUUCGUGUAUUUUUUAGCUUCCCGCUUAAGAAACGAUACUGCGGCACAGGUUUAUUACAACAUUUCCUUAAAGGAGUCGUUCCAUCUAACCCCUGCGCACUAGGAUGCUACGCAAUUUUUAACAUGUCUGACGCUUCCAUGCUCAAAGCUAGGGAUGCGCAAGGUCAAUCCAGGCUGAUCUUUUUCAAUGAGAGGAAAAUGUGAAUGUAAACAUGCCAGCUGGUAACAGAUGGUUAGAAUCUCGGCCUGUUACAUGUAAUUUGGCGGACUGACAUUGGCCAUGUUGAAUAUUGCAAAGCAUCCUAGUACACGGGGGUUGGAUGGAACUACUCCUCUAACGAAACAUUCACCUAUGCUGGAGUAUCGUUUUUGAAGUGGGAAGCUCGAAGAAACGCAAAUUUCUUGCGCAUAUUAUAAAGUUAGGAGUGUAUUCCAGACUUUCUCGAUUCGCUCAUCUUGAUUUUAAAGACAUUUCUAAAGAAACAACUCUUCUUUAUGUUCUAGCAAAAGUUUGCAACAGGCCCCUUUUUCAAAUCAUUUUGAAUCAGCAGAAGGCUACUUCAAAGUGGCAAUUUAAGCAAGUUUCUCUCUUGUGUUAGUGGCCUAUUCUAGGCAGAAUCAACUGAUUUUUCAUUUUUAUAAAUUAUUUCCCAUAAAUGCAUUGCACCUCUAAUCAUGUUUAGUGAUUGUAACCUAUUUGAAGUAAAUCUCAAACUCUUGUAUUUAAAUCUAAUCACAAAUUUUGAAGGCGCCACCUAAAUUUAAAUGGGAGGCUCCUAUUUGUUUCCUGAUUUCAUUUUGUAUUUAUAUCUUAAGAACAGUUAUCAUUAAAUAAUUGGAUAGUUAAUUCCAAGGGUUAAGUAAAAAUCCUAUCAUUUCA